AUGCCCUUCGACUACUUCUGGAAUUCUUUCUCCUCGCCAUCUCAACCUUUCCCAUCAGAUUACCGGCCUGGUGCUGUACAGCCCGACUCCCCACCUCUUACAUUCCUUCCACCCACCCCGUCGGCCCCACGUCCAUGUCCUUUCCCUCCUCCGUCAUACGGUUCACCAACUCGUCGCAAUCAUGUUACUGGCUUUUCCCCGGCUCCGGCGCUACCAUCUCAAUUGACCCCACCCUAUCCUCACUUCCCUCCCCCAUCCUAUAUUACCCCGUCGAGCGUCCAUUCUACCUUGGUUGCACCUGGCUUCUCGCAGACGAUACUGCCGCCAAAUCCCCCACCUAAAGUCACCUCCGGCGUCCGCGCCGGCCCUUGCAGGCAAAGUGUUUCAUCACGUCCUCGUCUUCUUGCUCCAAGACCGACCCUGGAUACGACUACAAGACCCUGUCUGCCCACAGUCUCGGCAACUGGCGGUCGAGUUGUUCCAAAUUCAAUUACCGUUGCCAUAGAUCCGUUGCUUCGGAAUGGGGUGUCUCCAGCCCCACAGUCCCAGUCUAUGCCGAGGGCUUCGACCGAUGGAUUCCUAGGACCGGAUUCCUACAGCCACCGAUCAAUUCCCCACCUACCUAGCUCGCUUCAAUCCGCCGCCCCAACAAAGAGGUCGGGCCCGUCUCAAACGCUUCCGCAACCUAAGCGGCGCAUGCUGGACACCGAUACUGACUCUACCUACAUCAUCGAUAAGGCUCUAAAACUGCUGCGUGAUGAUCUUGAGUCGAGAAGUUCAGCCUCUACGACUUUUCCACCGGUGCUGACUGAAGCUCAAAUAAGAGCUUCCAUUGCCCAAUAUCAAAAUCAUAUUGAAGAUUCAUCAAAGCAAGGCGUCUGCUCAUCCUGCGGGACAUUUGUGCCGAUUCCGGAGAUUGUAGAAAUGGAGGUCAGUGACCCUUUGCUCCUGCCACUAGCUACCCACCUUGACUAUUGCGGCAAACAUGGCGAUGAGUGGGAUAUAUGUUUAUCCUGCCUCAAGUCUCUAUCUCAAAAUCCUGUGCCGAGACUUUCUGCUUUGAACCGUGUGAAUGUGACAAUGUGUCAAAACUAUCCGUCGGCGCUUGAAGGCCUCACCCCAGUCGAGGAGUGUCUUAUUGCUAGGUGUCAUCCCCUCGGGAUAAUUUGGAAGUUGCGCCCUGGGAGCCACAUGUCGCCGGUAUCCUAUCGUGCUCUGCGCGGCCACUUCAUAGUCAUUCCGCAGGAUCCGGAGCCACUUCUUGAAAUUCUUCCGAGCCCAGCAGUAAUGUUGCAUGAUGUAAUUAGGGUGUUUUGGCUAGGAAAGCAGCCCGCCACCUAUGCGGACUUAUCUCCAUUUUUGCUGGUACGUAGACAAAGGGUUCUUACGGCUCUUCAAUAUCUGACACGUCAUAAUCAUGUUUAUCACGACGUUGCUAUCAACCGUCAAAUGAUCGACAUGUGGGAUGACGAAUUCAUUCCAGCCGAUCUUGAAGAAAAUAUCAUUCCUGUGGAUCUGUCCGAUGGGCUGGAACUAGAGGGCUACGCGGUCCAUUUGGAUGCGGGUAACCACGAAAAUGAUUUCCAGGCUGCACAAGAUGCUGGCCGGGAGACUGGUAUCAAUGCACCCCUGAUGACUGGGUCUGUUUGCACCGACAUUAACGGUGAACGUCAGAGCCCCGACAAGCGCCUUUUGAAAGCCUUGUUGGACAUGGUUUCGAACCCUCUCGCCUCAUCCAUCCAAAAUACAGUUACACGCGGCCAGCAGCAAAUCCCUAGCCUUUCUUACAGGAUUCGGGGCCAGGCAACCCUUGCUGACCAUUGGCAUGAUCCAGCGUAUUUUACUGGCGCAUUUCCAACUUUAUUUCCCCUCGGCAUUGGCGGCCAUCUGGACGAGCGUUCAUUCGACGUCUCUUUGUCUUCCUUCGCGGAGUGGGCAUUAAAGCACCAUAGCAGGAGGUUUGCGCGCCACAGAACCUUCAUGUAUCUGAUAUAUGACGUGCUUCUGAUUCGAAAAUCUUCCCUCGCGAAUAAAUUGGUCCUUCAACAGAUCCAUCAUGAAAUCAAAGACCCAGGGAUUUCCCGUCUGCUACAUGUUAUGAAAGCAAUUGCCAUGUGGGCCCCCGGCUCUUUCGCUCAAAAAUUGAGAAUGCGGUCUGAAAUCCGAGGUCUCAUCGUCCGUUUUGGAAUGCCUGCUUUUUGGAUUACCAUCAACCCCUCCGAUUUACGGAGUCCACUUGUCAUCAUCCUGGCUGGUGUUGAGUAUUCCGACAAUAUAUUGUCAGCCUCAAAUUCCGCUAUUCGAGGUGCGACCGCCACAUCCAACCCAGUGGCGGUUGCCUCAUUUUUCCAUAGUGUUUGUACCGCUGUUUUGGACGGGUUGUUCGCUAGCGGACGCGAUCGCACUGGGAUUCUUGGGGAUGUUCCAAAUCAUUAUGGCGUAGUUGAGACCAAUGGCAGAGGAAUGCUGCAUUUACACGCAAUGGUGUGGCUUAAAGGCAACCUCUCAUUUGCCAAUCUGCGAAGCCGCGUUCUCGCCGACGCUGGAUUUGCUACGCGUGUGCUCCACUACCUCGAAAGUGUCAUCAUCCAGAGCGUUGAUGAGAGUACCCUCGUUGAUCCGGAGGUCAAUCUUGCGCCGAUAAGCCCGUCUGCUUCCGACCCAGAAUCGGAUCAUGAUUUCCACAUCAGGCUAGCCGAUGAUAGCAACCUCGUUGCUCGAUCUAAGCAAUUGCACUCCAAGAGGCACUUCGCCACCUGUUUUAUAAACCACCCAACAGACCUGUCUAAAAGCACUUGUCGUUUUGGUAUGCCCCGUGAAAUCGUGCCCUCGUCUAGGAUCGACGAUCUUGGGGUGAUUCACCUAGCUCGGAAUCAUCCCUGGAUAAAUCCAUGGAAUCCCGCCAUUGCCAGCUGUCUCCGUUCAAAUCACGAUAUCUCCUGGAUCCCGACCGUCUCAAAAUCGCUGGCCCUAGUCUACUACAUCACCAACUACGCCACGAAAGACGACGUUUCUCCAUGGCAGUUGAUAGCGAAGGGAGGACUCUUGAAGCAAGCAAUUGAAAAAGCAAAAGCUGCCGACCCACCAACUGCUAAUGAUUUGCGGCUUCGGGAAAGGAACAUGGAUAAUUUCGCGCUCCGUUGCUUCAAUAGUCUGGCGCGCGACCGGGAAGUGAGCGGUGUUCAGGUCGCUAGUACCUUACUCCAUCUCCCUAACUACUACACUGUUGACACCAAAUUCGUCCGUGUCAACCUGUGGUGGCUAAGGCAGUAUGUACGUGAUCUUCGAAGUGGGUCCAGUGCAAAUGUUGAUACUUCUGCUGGAACUGCCGACGAGCCUUGUACAUUCCAGGCUGGGGAAACAGCUCCAGUGAGUAUGUUCGACAACUAUAAAUGGCGGGGGGUCGGCCUUGCUACCUUCUCAUUCUUCGAGUACUGCAUGCUAGUCCAAAUAGGAAGGCAGCGGAGAAAUCAUCAUGAUCACUUUGACUUUGACCCGCGCCACCCGAGAUGUGGCGCUCGCGUCCAGCAUGUCGCCCGCUCACCGUCCCAGGUAGCCACCGUCGCAUUCAGUGGACAGCUCACACAGUAUCAAAUGGCGGAAGACUCCAUCCGCGGAGGGCAUCCAAUGACCGAUGCCAUUGCGAAUGAUCUCGCGGAGAUACUUCUCGGUCUUUUUGUUCCCUGGGACAAGCUACGUGAGAGGUUUCUUUGUGGAUCCCCUGAAUCCAAUGUCUUGUCACAUAUCUGGUCGUCGGUCAAGCCCACACUGGUGCCAUAUAUCCAGGAAUUUGCCACUAAUAUCGAACUUCUUCGGAAAUCGAAAGACGACUGCCAAAUCGAUGCUAGAUUACGACACCCUUUGAACGACCGCGCUGAGCUGUACGACCGUCAUGUUGAUAACAUAGAUCUGGCCGGCCAUGAGCAGAUAGACGCACCCGAUUGUGAUGAUUUCAUGGCUCCCGAAGAUGAGCGGCUCACGGCGGAGACUUUGAUCGCCGCUUACAAUACAGUAACCAAAACCUGGGGCCAAGAUUGUUUCAUCGCAGCAAAGAGAGCACCGGUCUUGGCCACUUUCUGCCGCGCACACAAUCUCACACGGAUGAAUCCACUUCCUUCCAGUACCCAUUCUCUCCGACCUGAUCAUACUUUGGAUUUAGAAAUAGUCGCACCCACAGUCCUGCAAGACUGGGAAAAUCAACUCUCCAGCCAUAAAAAGCCUUUUCAGGACGGAGACCUUUCUAAUCCUACCCCACACCUGCCCGACUUUAAUCUAAUAGAUGAAGAUGGCAUGCUGCAGCCUAUACUGAUCAACGCAAGCACGCCUGGUGAUUCAUUCACCAAUAUCCCACUAAAUACGAAGCAAUUACUUGUAGUGCGAAAGUUGUUAACUGAAAUUAUGUCGUGGACUGAACAUCCAUGCGACUCAUCACGACUCGGACAACUACUUCUGUGUAUUACGGGCGAAGGUGGCACAGUAAAGACGCGGAUACCAAAGGCCAUCGAAGCCGCCCUGUGUAUUCUUGGCCGGAAACACGAAAUUAUCCUCACAGCCCCUACUGAGGCCGCAGCAGACAAUUUGGGAGGGAACACCUAUUAUACUUCUCUUGGUAUCAAUCUUUCUUACAAAGCUGCUGGAAGCACCCGCGUUCGAAGAUUAUGGGCACGAAAGACCAUCCUGGUUAUUGAUGAAAUGAGCAUGGUCGAUCUGAAAAUGUUAAGUGUGAUCAACAACCAAUGCAAAGUCGCUCGGUCAUUGCCGAGGUCCUCUCCCGACCACUUUGGCGGCCUUCCAAUCGUGAUUCUUAUGGGCGAUUUCUUCCAGUUCCCUCCUGUUCGCGGCCCACCAUUAUGGAAAAAACCCAGAUCUGGAGUUGACGAUGAUGCCGCCGGCCGGCUGAUUUGGCAUAGAUUCGAAAACGUUAUCAUUCUCGAUGAGCAAAUGAGACAAUCCGAGGAUCCUUCGUUUCAGGAUGCCACUUUCAUUGUCAAGUUAAAUGCCAUACGGCACCCAAUCAACCGGAUCCGUAUUGAGAAUUUCGCUCGGCGGAGAUCUCAGAGGAUUUAUAUCUUUCCCGCCAUUCACACCCGGACUAAGUCAACUGGCCCCGUGAACAUUCGGCUUCAAGCCCAUGACUUGCUGCUCCAGCCAGAUCACAGUGCCCAGAUUUUCUUCCCAGGUCUUCUUCUUUACACGAGAGAUAUGCCGACCGUUAUGCUCACUAACGGCUGCACCCCUCUUGGUCAGGUCAACGGUGCCACGGGCACCGCAUGUACUUUCACAGCCGAAUUGUUUGAUCUGGACGACCUUUACACGCUCUGUACAAGACCGCCUGCCUCCGUAAUAUUCAAACCGGAUCGAAUUUUGCAAACGCGUUUUGACCAUCUUCCACCUUCGACUAUGCCGAUCUUCCCAAUAGAACGUUCCAUCGCAGUGAAAGACGUGUCCGUGAGAAGGAAGCAGAUCCCAAUCUGCCCAGCUUUCUGUCUCACCGAUUACAAAGUACAAGGCUCGACUCUCUCUGUCGCGAUCCUAGACCUAAAAAAUGGCUCAGCGCGGCGAGGACAAGAUUCUCACCGGAAGUACUGCUCCCUUUACGUUCAGCUUUCUAGGCUGCGGUCUUUUCAAGGUCUCCAUUUACUCGAGAAGAUUAGUCUUGAUGAUCUCCGCUUUUCUCCCGACCCCGACCUUAUCGUGGAAAUGGGCAGAUUGCGUGCUUUAGAAGCCAAGACCCUUGCGGCUUGGGCUUGA